CCUAAUACGGCAUGUGUAUCAACAAUUUCACAGCCAUUGAUAACAAGUAUAGUUAUUAAAGUCACGGCAUUCACAUAAUUACCGUAUUAGCUCGACUUAUAAUACAACAAAAUGAAGCUCAAAGCUAAACCCGCAUCGCAUAAAUCGGAAAACACUUUUCGCUUUGUCACGUUUUCUGAGAGGCUUGCAAAAGUAAACAUCGAUGUCAUUCAUCGCAUUGACAGGACUGGGAGUUAUGCUGAGGAGGUGGAGACUUAUUUUUAUGAAGCCCUGAUAAAAUGGAAAGACCUAAAUUUGUCAGAACACUUCAAAAAGUUUUUCCGAGAAGUGAUCGGCAUAACGCAGUCUUUCAACAUGCUGGUGUUUCACCAAAACACUGUUGUGGAGAGUCUGAAGGUCCACCUGUCAGUGAAGAACAGCAAUGCUCACCAGCCUCUUCUGGAUCUUGUGGUUCAACUGGCUCGCGACCUCCAGAUGGACUUUUAUCCCCAUUUCCCAGACUUCUUUGUCAUCAUCACGUCUAUACUGGACACACCGAACACGGAGGUGCUGGAGUGGGUUUUCACAUGUCUGUCGUACCUGUAUAAAUACCUGUGGAGGAUGAUGGUGAAGGACAUGGACAAGAUAUACAGUCUUUACAGUGGACUUCUGGCGCACAAGAAGGAACACAUCCGCAACUUUGCUGCAGAGAGCUUCUCUUUUUUGAUGCGAAAGGUGUCCGAUUAUGAAGCACUCUUCACUCUCAUGUUCUCCAACCUGUCAGAGCAUCCUCAGAAGGCCAGAGGAGCAGGUCAGCUGAUCUUUGAGAUGUUUCGAGGAGUUCGUAAUAUGUUUCACUCCUGUGCCACAACGGCUCUUCCAGUGGUGUUGAGGAAACUUGGCCCAGCAGUCGAGCAGGAUGUUGAUUUACCCUGGGACUCCAUUAAAGAAGCUCUGGAUCACAUGGUUGAAUCGUCAGCUAACUAUGUUGACAAGGAGAACUUGCUGGUCCUGUGGGACUCUUUACAGGACUCUCUAAAAGAAGUUCUUGUAAAGUUAGAUUCAAGCGACGCAGAGCAGGCUAAUACACACUUGGAGAGGAUUCUGUACAUCUACCACACACUUGUGGAGCAUCGCAAAGGAGCAAAGAUCACAAAACCACUGUCUGUUUGUGAGACACUUCUUCAGACAGUUCAGACGCCGGGUCUGUCAUACUCCUGCUGCAGGCUGCUUUUACAGGUCACCUCGUCUUUUCUGAUGGGUGAAAAUCUGUCCUUACCUGCCAGCAGUGUGCAUGAACUGGUGAAAAAGAUCUUCAAUAGUGGGAUGGACCGAGACCUCAUAUUGUCGUUUACCAAAGAGAUGUUUGACAUGAAACAGUUUGAGCAGUUGUUUUUGCCCAGUUUGCUGCAGUAUCUGGAGCAGCUAUUCUGCAUGGAGGACUCUGUAAACCGACAGCUGGUUCUGGAGCUGCUGGUUGGUCUGAUUCUGUCCAAAGCUCCGCCACCCACCGACGGCUCCAUGGCUUUCGAGAAAUACCCACUGGUCUUCACUGGACAAGCUGCCAGGUCAACUGGACCUGAAAGAGACCAGGCGGUCUCUGUUCCCCAGCUCAUUCUGUCUCUGAUAAACAUCCCUGUUGAUCUGCCGCUCUCUGAUCUUUCUCAUCCCUGGGCUGCGCUGGUGCUCCUUCCACAUCUCAGGCCAUUAGAAGCAUCAAGUGUUAUUCCAGUCGUCACUGCACUUCUGAACAGAUUACUGCAGGAGGUGUGCAGUGAGACUCUGGGAAGAGGAGGUCUGUUUGUGGCCCGUCAGGCUUUAAGCACCCUGCUCAGCUUCAAGGAGACGACUGCAGUUCACACACUCCUGCCUGUAGAGCUUGUCCGGAGCAUCAUUGAGAAACUCCCCACGGAUCUUUCAGCGUUGCUGUUGGGAGAUCUGUACUACACCAGACUGGCUCUUAACGGCUGUUCAGUUCUGCUCUCCCAUGAUUCCCUACUGGAACUGUUCCAAAUACUGCAUUUAAAUUUUUCCUCCAACAUUUCCAAGAUCCGCUUGCUGACCCUCAGAAUUAUGACAAACUUCGAGGCUGAUCUUCCUAAACCAGCAGAGGAAGAGGAGAGCUCCAAUGUGCAGACAGUGUUUGCUGUGUGUCUGCAAGCAGAGCUGGUCCCGGCCACGGUGCAGGACUACAGGGAAAAACUAUUACACCUUCGUAAACUCCGACAUGAUCUAGUGCAAGCCUGUCUGCCUAAAGGGGCUUUCCAUGAGGUUCCUCUACGCUAUCUUAUUGCGAUGCUGUUUGUUAACUUCCGACCCCUCUGGGAUGCUGUAAUUGAACUAUUGGAGUCCCACGCUAAAGAAAUGGACAACAAGGCAUUCUGGAAGGUCUAUUAUGAACAUUUGGAGAUGGUUGAUGGUCUUGCUGAGCAAGAGCUCCAGGAAGAGGAUGAAGAUGAUGAGGAGGGAGAUCGGGGAAAACAUCAAGCCAUAAAAGAGCUCAGAGGUCCGGGCACUAGUGUGAUAGAGAGCGGGGAUGUGGGAGUUCUGUUUCUGGAGGAGUUGGAUCAGCUUCUGAAUCCCACUGAGAGGACCGACUUCAGUAACUUCCGCAGUCUGCUUUGGCGAGCGAUGGCCCAAUUUCCAGAAAGAGUGGAGCCGCGCAGCCGAGAGCUCAGCCCGCUACUGCUGCGCUUCGUCAGUAAUCAGUUCUACUCGGCUGACCUGAUGGUGGCUCCUACUCAGGACCUCUUGAAGGAGAGAAGCUCUUCAACAGAGCAGGAAAUGGCUGAAGAGGUGACUGCUGACAUUGAGGAAGAAGAAGAAAAAGAGGAAGAUUUAAAACAAUCUAAGAAAAUGCCAAGAGCAGCUGCUGCCAAGCAGCUCAUUGCUCACUUGAAGGUUUUUUCCAAAUUCACCAACCCGAGAGCUUUAUAUAUGGAGGAGAAACUGCGUGAACUGUACAUUCAGCUCAUGUGCCAUAAAGACCAACAAAUCCAGAAAAUUGCGUUGGACUGUUUGAUGACAUACAAAGAUCCAAGUAUUCUACCCUACAAAGAGAAUCUGGAGAGACUUCUGGAGGAUAAGCAUUUUAAAGAUGAGAUUGUCCAUUUCAACAUCUCUGAGGAAGGAUCCGUGGUGCUUUCAUCACACAGACCCCAACUCAUCCCCAUGCUUAUGAGGAUACUGUAUGGCCGAAUGUGCCCUAAGGUUGGUAAUAGGUUUCAGGGGAAGGCCGGUACAGCUUCACGCACCGGCAUAGUGCUGCGCUUUCUGGCAGGCUGCCAGCCUGAGGAAAUGGGCAUGUUUAUAGAUCUCCUGCUGGAGCCUGUUUGUCAUCAUGCUGAAGGAACAUGCCUGGCGGCCGUAGAAAGAGCUGUAGCUGAGACAAACCUGUCUGCUGUUCUCCCUGUGGGCCGUCAGCACAGUCUGCUUAACACCAUAGAAAUGCUCAUCCAUAAACUGGGCCAUCUCAUCCACAUCUACCUGCCCAAAGUACUGCAGAUCCUGCUGUGCAUCACAGCCUCUGUGUCAUUUAUUCUGGAUCACAGAGAACAGCUCAAGUCUGGUUGCAUUAAUCCUCUAAAGAACUUGCGUCGUCUGGGGACUCUGCGCAUACAAGACUUCUUUGAUGGCUUUGAGUCUUACAGCUUCACUGCAGAUGAGCUAGAUGCUGUGUUUCAAGUCAUCGUGUGGCCUAAGGUUUGUCUUCUGUCCACUGAAAGCCCAUAUGCGCCAUCACCACUCCUGAAAGUCAUCCGCGUGUGGAGCCAAAAUGCUAGAUUUUUUCCUUUGCUGGCUAAGCAGAAGCCAGGGCAUCCUGAGUGUGACGUCCUGCUCAAUGUUUUUGCUCUGUUAUCCUCCAAAAACGUGUCCGAUGUCACCGCGGCUCUGGUGCUGGAUAUAGCCGAGAGUUUGCUGAACACUCCAGACUAUGAGCUCAAGGAGGACGAGACAGAGUUGAUUGUGAAUGACUGCGUGAUCCCUGAACCGGAUCAGAGCUGUGAUGGAUCAGACUCUCUGACGAUCGGCUGCCGUUUGCUUCUUCCUCACAUCCCAGCACUGCUGCGCUACCUCAGCAGUCUUGUGAAGAACUCUGAACGCCUCAAGAAGAAGAAAUUCAGAGCUCAAGUCAGCAAAGAACUCAACAUCCUCUCAAAGAUCAGUCGAUUUGUGACUGAUAAGGAACAAAGUUCAACACUUGUUGGUUUGCUUCUUCCUUACCUUCACAAACCCAAUACUGCACAGGAAACUGAGUUGGACAUUUUGGGCACGGUGCAGAACCUGUUGAGGCAGUGUUCAGAUCCCAGCUUUUUCCUCAAGCCUUUCAGCAAACUUUUCUCUGUCAUCCAAAACAAACUUUCACGCAAGGCUCUGUGUGCAGCCUUCCAGACCCUGUCAGACAUAAAUGGUGACCUGAAGUACAUCACAGACGUUGUCAUUCAGCUCAACGCAUUUGACAGUCGUCAUCUGGAUGAGAUUCACUUUGACGUGCGUCUCAUGGCUUUCCAGAAGGCCACCAGACACAUUAAAGAGAUGAGCACUAUGGACAUAAAAUACCUGACCGCUGUCAUGCACAACUGCUUCCAUUCAUUAGAGAUUGGAGACAUGUCUCUGGCUGACAGCGGCACCAUGUGUUUGUCAGCUGUAAUAACGCAGCUCGCUGAAGUCGGCUGUCCAGAGGCUCAUUACAAGGAGAUUGUGCAGUACAUGAUACUGGAUGCGGUGCGAAAGGGUUUGAAGAGCAAGACUGAGAGCGUACGAAAUGAUUACACUACAGUUUUGGCCUGUUUGGUGAAAACCUUCCCGAACCGAGCAGAGUUUCGAGAUCUAGUGCAGUUGACUGAUUAUAAUGAUCUGGAGUCUGAUUUCUUUGAGCAUAUGAAGCACAUACAGGUUUACAGAAGGGGUCGUGCUCUCAGAAAGUUUGCCCGUCAGCUGACCGAGGGCAAGGUCGUGAUGUCAUCGCGCUCCAUGCAGAACUACAUCAUGCCCUACGCCAUGAUCGCUCUAGUUGACGAAAAACUGCUGAAGUAUGAACCCAUGACAACAGCGGCUGUAGAAGUUGUUGGCGCCGUUUGCAGACGCUUGACCUGGUCCAAAUACUUGUUCUACCUCAAACACUUUGUCCAUAUUUUACAAACCGGAAUAACUGAGCAGAAACUGGCUGUCAGCUUGUUGCUGACUGUUCUCGAUGCCUUUCACUUUGACCACGAGACUCUCAGUAAAGAAAUCGAGGCGGCAAAAAACAAGGCAGAAGCGCCCAGUGUUGUGGUGGAAGAGGCUGAGGAUGAGAUGGCGGAAACCAUGGAUACAGAUGAAAGUGAUGCCGAAGAAGCGAUGGAAACCGAGGCUGGAGGAGCCACUUCUAAAGCACCAGAUGCUAAGACUGAAGACACUGUCAAAUCAAAAAAAGACAAGGGCAGCCAGCAGAAGAAAGCUCCUCCUGUGGUCAGCAGUGGUCUUCCACACGGCAAACAGGAACUAGAGGCGUUAAUUUCCUCCAUUCAUCACACAGUCACUCAGAGCGUCCUACCAAAACUCCACAAGUGCCUCACUGCAAAGGUUAAACGUGAUGACGAACACAAGAGUGUGAAAUCUAAGGAGGUGAAGGAUGAAGAGGUGGUCAGAGUGCCUAUCGCAUUCGCCAUGAUCCAGCUCAUGAAGACUCUGCCGAAGGACGUCAUGGAAGCCAACUUACCUGGGAUCCUGUUGAAAGUUUGCGUCCAUCUGAAGAGCCGCUUCCAGGAGAUUCGUGAUGUUGCUCGAAACACUUUAGUGAAGAUUUUACAGACUCUUGGUCAUCAGUACCUUCAUUAUCUGCUCAGUGAGAUGCAGGCGGUUUUAGUAAAGGGCUAUCAGGUCCAUGUUCUGACCUUCACUGUAUACCAUCUGCUCUCUGUCCUGAAACCAUCUUUGACCGGUGGUGAUCUUGACCCAUGCAUGGACAUGCUUAUUGCGAUCUUUAACAAUGAGCUUUUUGGAGCCGUUGCGGAUGAGAAGGAUAUUAAAGGAAUUGUUUCGAAGGUGAUGGAGGCUCGUCACAGCAAAAGCUCAGACUCGUAUGAGUUCCUCGGCCAAUUCUGCGGUCAGGAGCGCGUCAUUAGCCUCAUCCUGCCACUCAAAGAGGUCCUUGAAAGCACGGCCAGUUUGAAGGUAUCAAGGCGAGUGCAUGCUGUGUUUCGUAGGAUUGUGGCAGGACUUUUGCUCAAUCAGAGUUUGAGCCCUCAGUCCAUCCUGCUGCUCAGCCACGGACUCGUCAGCGAAAGCCUCCCGCUCAUCACCAGCAAAAACAAAGAGAAGCAUCGUCCACCUCCAGACCCUCGUCUGCCUCCGCCGAGCUGUUUGCUGCUGCCUGCCACCCCUAAGAGAGGAGGAGCCAAAGCAGCCAUCAGUAGCAGAACCAACAUGCACAUCCUAGUGGAAACGGGUCUCAGUCUGCUUCACUGUAGUCUGAAGAGUUCAAAGAUCAACUCAUCUGUCCCAUCAGUAAAGGAGAUGUUGGAUCCGUUUGUACCACUCCUCUUAGACUGUUUGAGCUCCAUGCAUGUAAAGGUGAUUACCGAAGCUCUGCAGGCCUUCAUCUGGAUCCUGAAGUUUCCCCUGCCGGCGGUGCAGCAGAAUUAUGAACAGAUGACCAAGCAACUCUUUGUCCUGCUGAAAGACUACGCCAAAGCUGGAGCAGCUCGUGGCGAAAACUUCCAUCUGGUUCAGAACUGCUUUAAGGCCAUAACUGUUUUAGUGAAGAGCACUACCAAACCUAUAACACAAUCGCAGCUCCAGGUGCUUUUGGGAUACGCAGAGGAGGACAUUUAUGAUCACUCUCGACAAGCCACAGCAUUCGGCCUUCUGAGGUCGAUUCUGUCCAGGAAACUGGUGGUACCAGAGAUGGAGGACGUUAUGAAAAAAGUGGCCAAGUUUUCCAUCGACGGGUCAAACGAACAGGUCCGCAUGCGCUGCAGACAGAUCUACCUGAAGUAUCUGAUGGAUUAUCCACUGGGCAAGAAACUGAGGAAACAUUUUGACUUCAUUGUUGCUCAGCUGAAUUAUGAAUAUGACACUGGAAGACAGUCUGCCCUUGAGCUGAUGGCCUUCAUUUUUCAGAAAUUUCCUCAGGCUCUCUUGCAUGAGCACUGCGGUUUGUUCUUUGUGCCGUUGUCGUUGGCUGUGUUAAACGAUGAUUCUGCAACCUGUAAGAAAAUGGCGUCUCUCUCCAUCAAGUCUCUUCUGAAUCAGCUGGAUUUGCAGCAUCAGAACUCCAUGUUUAACCUGGUCAACAGCUGGAUUUCAGGCGAGAAGACGGCUCUGCGCAGACUGGGAGUUCAGGUUUGUGGGCUGUUUGUGGAGGUCGAAGGGGAAAAGUUCAGCAGGAGACUGGACGUCCUGAUUCCUCUCAUUGAGAAAGAGAUCCACGCUGACAACUUUGAGGACAUUGAGGAAGAGGAAGAUGAAAAGGCUGCGGACAGGCUGUUAUUCUGUUAUCUUACGUUCAUCGUCAAACUCAUCAAAGACUGCGGCUUUCUGGAGCUCAAAAAACCUGCGGACCAGCUCAACCAAAUCUGGGGUCAUAUUGAUUCUCAUCUGCGCUAUCCUCAUUCCUGGGUUUGGCUGACCGCGUCUCAGAUCUUUGGUCUGCUGUUCGCUGCUCACAAACCAGAGGAUCUCUUGGCUUUAUGGGGCUCUCAGGAGAACACCAAUAAAAGCACACUACCUGUGGCCACUGCUUUCCUCACUGACAACCUGUAUAAGAAGAUGAGAGAGCUGGUUCUGGCCUUCUGUUAUCAACUGCAGUCCAAGUUCUUGGAUAUUUCUGCAGGCGAGCAGGUGGUGAAGAACUUGCUCUACGUAGCCAAAGUGAUCUACCUGAUCUCACCAGAGUCUGAUAGCGUAAAUCCUCCUGAGGAGCAAGAGAAUAUAGAGGAGGAAACGGCAGAAAACACUGAGACCAAUGGAGGAGAACAGGAGCAGAAGCUUGAGGAGCAACAGAACGACAACAAACCUCCGUCUCUCCUCUGGGUGAUGAAGAAGCUUUCAUUACUGGCCAAAAGAGAAGCGGCGAACACACCCAAAGUGCCGCUUAAGAGAACGUGUGUUUUUAAGUUCUUGGGAGCCAUAGCGGUGGAUCUCGGAAAAGAGCGACUUGGACCAUAUUUGACCACGAUCAUCGCUCCUCUAUACAGGGAACUGGACAGCACGUAUGCAGACCAAGACCCCACGCUGAAGAACUUGGCUCAGGAGCUGAUCGAGCUGUUGAAGAAGCUGGUCGGUCUGGAGAAAUUCUCUCUGGCUUUCGCUGCAGUACAGAAAGAAGCCACUCAGAGACGAGCUUCACGCAAAAAAGUCAAGGCCUUGCAGGCUGUCGUAAAUCCUGACAUUGCUGCCAAAAAGAAGGUGAAGAAGCAGCUGAAGAAAAACGAGGCCAAAAAGAGGAAAAUGGAGUUUGUGCGUACAGGACAUAAAGCAAAGAAACAUAAAGGCACCUCACUGAAAGACUUAGCAAUUAUUAGUUAAGCUAAUAUACUACCAUUUCAUGUUUUCUUUGUUAAACACCGCUUAUAGGGUCUGUGUGUUGGCCAGAAACAAUGUGAACGCCACCUAAACCCUAUGAAGUGGUAAAAGACCAAUAGUAUGCAUAAAUUUAUGGAUUUUUCUGCAACUUGUGCAAUGUUUUUAAAUAAAACCCGCCCAAAAAAAACAUGCAAAAUCAACAGUUUGAUGCUAAUCACGACGCAGAACGUGUAGACUGCAUAUUUAUUGUUUCACAGCCAUAACGCCAGGAGUGCACUCCCCUGUACACGUGCAAAUAUAAAUAUGCCAUUACAAAUCCAAAGCAUACAAAUGACGAUUAGUCUUAAAUAUCGACCCACUUUAACUCAUUUACCAGCUGCGAUGAUUAUUCCCCAUCUCAAAUUUAAAAAGCAAACACCUUUUGAAGCUACAAACGUAGUGGAUACGGUUUACCAAAAACAGAUGAUAAGCAAAAAAAAAAAGGGGGUAGGGGAAAACAUCUGAAGAGUUCAUCCGUUCAACACCAGUCGACCAGUCUCUCCACUAGACGGGAAGGAAGGAUCUUCACACAAUAGGAAGAACGCAGUCAUUGGUCCAAAGGACACUCAAUAAGAAGUCUCUGAAGUUCCUAUUUACAAGGUCUUUUCUUGCGGAGUGCAUUUACUGCCGGCUCUUCAGUGACUCCACUAACCUGAAAUGCGAUAAAUAUUAUGUUAUUGAUAAACAGAAUGCACUAAAACACUAUUCACGUGUUCAAAAUGAACUCUUCAUUCAACCAAAGUGACUUACAAGUGAGCAUAAAGGAUGCACUUUAAAUCAACAGAGAAUAGCAGUAUAUAACAUGUCUGAGUUACUUGCUAAAUGAUUUGGUUUGUUUUUAUUGAAAGAGAACGACCCACCAUUCCAUUGCCUCAUCCAGGCCUGUGCCUUUAGUAGCAGACGUCUUGAAGAUCUGCCACUUUCUGUCUUUAAGCGCAGGUAAACCCAGAGCGUUGGCCACUUCGGUUGGAGUCAUUGCUUGCUCCAUGUCUUGCUUGUUUGCGAACACCACCAGGAUGGCUUUCUUCAGCUCUUCCUCCUGAAAGAAAAGAAACAGCACGGUCAAAUGCACUGAUGACAAUUGAAUGCACUUGUGUCCGCCUACUAUUGUGUUAGUUCCAGUUCCACAAGUAUUUUUCCCCAUAGGAAUUGUUCAGUCUUAUUUAAAGCACUAAAGGCUAGGAACCGAACUAACCAGUUAAGAGGAGAAUCGCAUAAUCUGAUUUAAAGCAGUGUAUGGUGGAAACUGUAUAGCUUUAAUGACUGAAAGAACAACAGUCUCAUGAAGCACUGUGGAUGACAUUAUUAAGUUUAAAAAUAAAUGCAUAUUUACACAA